AUGUCCUCAAUCGCCAAAACCGUCAUCGCAACAGGCACCUCGUCUGGCCUGGGCUUCGAAGCAAUCAAACAACUCCUCCAACAAACCCAACCCUACCGCUUCAUCCUGGGCGCGCGAGACACAGAGAAGACGCGCCUGGCAUACAAAGAUCUAAACUUCGACACAUCAAAGCACAGCGUCUCAAUCCUACCACUGGACCUCCUAAACCUGAAAAGCGUGCAAUCCUUCGCCAAACAAGCUCUCACCGAGCUGGGCCAGAAACCAUUGAACUACUUGUUCCUCGUUGCGGGUCUGGCUUCGUCAGCCGAGGGACCGGGGCCGCAUGGUUCGAAGUGGUGUGAUGCUGCUGUUGUUAAUCAUCUAGCUCAGCAUUACCUAACCCACCAAUUCGCUGAGACAUUGACGACUUCGCGGUCGCGAAUUGUCAUCGUCUCUUCUGGUGCGAUUCGGAAUAUUAGAGGUGGAGAUACAAACAACCUCGACAGCGACCUAAAAGCCAACUCCGGCGCAGAGGCACGCGUGGUAUACAGCGGAUCGAAAUUCGUGCAGCUCCUGGGAGCGCACUACUGGCGUCGUAAUCUGCCGGAUUGUCGUGUUGUGGCUGUUUCGCCCGGUCUCAUUCCUAAUACCAAGCUCGCGCAGCAUUCGAGCAUGGGACUUAGUAUGGAUAUGCCGGAUGCCAAGACAGUGCCGGAGGGUGCGCAGAACAUUCUGCGCGCGGUGACGACGGAGGAAUUCCCGGCUGAUCCGGAGCAGAUCUUUUUGACUAGUUGGGGUGAGUGGUGGCCGAAGGAUGUGUAUUCAUUGAGUCUUGAUAAGGCUUUGCAGGAUAAAUGGUGUCCGAGUAAGGAGGAGAUUGAGCAGUCGGAGCCGGUCUUCAAGGAGUGA